AUGGGGAUGCCAACUGUGAGGUAUGCUCCGGAUCGCAGCAUGACUCCCAACGCCAGGCUGACCCUGUUUUUUGAGGGUGUUCAUGGAGCCCUGGAGCAUUUCCGCUCCACCAGGGCGACUUUCCUGGCCAAUGAGGCCCAGAGGCUUUGCCGGGGUGCCAUGACCAAGUGCGUCCUUGCCGUCGGGACCAUCUUCGCCAUCACCGCCGCGGCGUCACGCCGUCUCUACGGUAGCGCUCGGGGGCUCGACUUCGACCCACCCCCGGAGCGGCCGCGCGGGACGGCGCGUCCUCGCUGUCGGCCUUGCCUUCAUCACCACCACCGCGGCGUCGACUGCGUCGCCGCCGUCCCGGCCUCCCAGGCGCCCCGCGCCUCCUGCACGCCGGCUCCACCUGGGCCGAGCCCCCUGUCCGCGCCCUUCGCGGGCGUCCGCCUGCCCGCGCGGCCGACCCCUCAGCCAACUAGGCUCCGCCUCCACCAACCCGCGCCCGGCUCCUGCUGCCUGCCGUCUCCGCCCCAGGCCGGACGGCUGGCUCCGCCACCAGCCGGCUCCGAGCACCCGUUUGGUCGCCUCCGCUCGUGGCCGUCCGGCUCGCCGCCAGCCGACCCGUGCUGUGCCCGGCCUCCGGCCGCCUCCGCGCCUGCCGGCUUCAGCCGCCUGGCCCGCGCCACGCCAUCUCCUCCCGCGCCGACUGGCCGCCGCUGGCCCCGCCUCGCCUCGCGCGCGUCCUCGCGUCCGCCGGCUGGGCCCCGUCCGGCAGUUGGCUUCCCCGUGCGCGCCGAGUCGCCGACCCCGCGCCACCGCCUGCUCGCCGGGUCGCCUCCCAGCCGGCGCCCGCCUCCGCGCGCUCGCCAGCUCCGCCCCGCCGGGCCGCCUUCGCCCUCGGCUCGGCCAUCUCCGGGUCCCGGACCGCGUCGGCUGCGCCGCGCCGGCCUCUGCCGCAUCCGGCUGCGCCGCCUAGCACCGCGGCCGGCUGCCCCGCGCAUGGCGAGGGCCGGCCCCGCCCUUCGCGUCGCCGCCUCCAGCCGGCCGCGGCUCCGAGCCGGCUUCCCUGCGCCACGUCCGGCCCCCCGCGCCCCCUCGCCGGCCUCUCGAGCCCCUGGCCGAGUCGCCCUCCUGCGUCCGCCUGCUGUCUUCGGCCGUCUCCGGGUCCCCGCCGGGUCGCCUCCUGCCCACCCUCACGCCGGCCUCUCCACCCCCUGCGCCGGCUCCGGUGGCAGCCCCGUCCCUCAACCCGGCCGCCGGCUCCCCAGGCCGGCCCGACCAACCGCCGGCUCCCCCCUCGACCCGGCCCGCCGGCUUUGCCUGCGCCGGCUUCUGCCGUAUCCGCGCCCGCCGGCUCCGCGCAACCCGGCCGCGCGCCGGUUCCGCGCGACUCGGUACCGUCCGGCGUCCCCGGCGGCCUCCCACGCUGGCCGGCUCGUGCCCGCACGGCCGGCUCCACUCGCCACCCGGCCGGCUCCGCCGCUUGCCGGCCCCGCCCGGCGACCCGGCCGCCUGCCGGCCACGCCCGCCGCCCCGGCCGACUACGGCUCCGCUCCCGCGCCGGCUGCGCCGGGCCCGGCCGGCUCCGGCCUCCUCCCCCGCUCGCCCGUUGUCCGGCCCGGCCGGCUGCCGGCUCCCGCAUUUUGGUUGCCCGGUGUCCCUCAGGGUAAAGUGGAUCCUGAGUCAUUCUACCUCCUCUAG